AUGGAAAUGCCUAAGAAUUUUACAACGAAAUCAAUUAUUUGGAGUGAAUAUGACGAUGAGGAGGAGGAUGAUGAGGGGGAUGGCUGCGAAGACGAUGGUGGUGGUGGUGGUGGUGGUGGUGAGGCAGAUGCAAAAGGUGAUCAUUAUCCGGCUAUGGAUUAUAAAGGCUGUGAUAAUAAUCAGUCAUUACCACCUGGAGGGGAAUCAAAGCUACAAUUUAUUUCAUCUAAUGAUAAUUUUGUUAGUGAUAAUAAUAUCGGUGAUAAUGUUAACAAUAAUAAUAAUAAUAAUAACAAAGAUCGUGGUUAUACGCAUGUGUCAGUGGAAAUCAGUGAUGUUUCUGCAGCUAAAUCACAAUCGCUGUCAUCAUCACUAAAUGAAGUUAAACAAUGCAUUUCGCGUCCAUCUAUUAAUUUCACUGGACUUAAAACUGAUGAUCGUCAGUCGUCAGAUGAAAUGGAUUCUACAAGUAGCACUAAAGUGAGCAAAAGUGAAACGUGCGAUCUUGAAACAGCAUUUUAA